AUGGAUCUCUCAUCAGAUCCCACCGACUUCAUUGACUCUCCGGAGUCAACUCCCUCGCCCAUGGCCACCCAAACCACACCAGAUACUGAAGGCAGCUCCACCUCGGCCAACACUGGAGGUCCCAACUCCGCAGCUCGUCGUCCUCCACGAAAGAGCACCCUGACGCAGCAACAGAAAAACCAGAAGAGACAAAGGGCAACACAAGACCAAUUGGUGCUUCUGGAAGCAGAGUUCAACAAGAACGCUACUCCCACUGCCGCCACCCGUGAACGUAUUGCUUCGGAGAUCAACAUGACCGAACGGUCAGUUCAGAUCUGGUUCCAAAACAGCCGCCGUCGCGCGAAGAUCAAGAUGAUUGCCAAGAAGAGCAUAGAAAACGGCGAAGACUGCGACAACCUCCCCGAACCCCUGAGACAGCUGCUUGCCAUGCAGGCCAUGGAAGCUGGCAGACCCUUCCCCGGACAGCUCCUCCGUCGUCCAGGUGGCCCAAUGGCACAAUAUGGGAGUGGCGGCAUGAUGAUGAACGGUGAUCCUACUGCUCAGGGCAAAGUCGUCAUCCAACACUUCACAUGUCGAUCCUUGAGCAUUGGUACGUGGAGACGUGUUGGUCAAAACGCCAUGGAUUUGGUCAUCUUCUACUCUCCCGACAAAGCAUGCAUCACCUACUACAUCAACAACGACUCGGCUGGUUACAAGAUCGAAUUUCCCUUCGCUUACAUCAAGAGCAUUCAGUUGGAAGCUGGUGACACGGCUCCAAAUGCAAAUGGAUCUCCACCCCGACCCGGUGGCCUUGUCAUUGAAUUGACCCGACCACCCAACUUCUUCAUGGACUCGUCCAACUCUGGAGGCUUCUAUCAAUGUGGUGACUUUACAGAAGAUCAACAGGCAUCCCACGUCUUGACUCAUCAUCUUGGAGGACAUCCCAAAGUGCUAAGCGGGCAACUUGCCAAACUGGUUUCUCUCGAGUCAUUCCAGAACAGACAUAACCCCUUCGACAUCCACGCCAUGCCAGCAUCAGCGCCAGUCUCGCCUAACAUGGGCAUUGCACGACCUGCGUCACAACCUCAAGUUCAAUUCGCCAGACCUCAUCCUCCCCAUGUCGGUAUGUUCCAAGAACAGUUCGGCAUCAACCAUAACCUUCACCCGGGCCGUAUGCACCCUGGUCACAAACGCCAACGAAGUCGAUCCGUACCCAUCGCCCUCGACUUCUCAAUGCUCCACGGGCCGAUGCCUACUUUCCAUAUUCAGCAACCUUCUCCUCAGCUGACUCCUGGUCCUCAUGACCUUUUCCACUCUAUGCCACAACAACAUAUGCAAACUCCAAUCGGACCAACGCUACAGAUCGACACUUCUGCCGGUUACGGCAUGGACUUCCGCCAAAUGCCCAUGUCGGCGACAGCAACUUCACCCUCGGAAUUUGCCAGCCCCGGUUUCUUCCCUUCCAAUUCAGCUCACGGCCCUAUGACUGCUUCUGAUUUUGGCACCCCACAGCAGUUUAACAUGCCAUUCCUCUCACCUUCACCCAUGGUCGACGCUCACCUGAUGUCAUCGUCCAUGUCUCCAAUGCCACAUAUGGGUCAUGCUGAUCCUGUCAUUGCUGAUCAGUCUCCGCCAUUAAAUGCACUGCACCGUAGUGCAUCGGCUGACAUGUUCAGCCGGGGCCAUGAUCACCACGGAUUGAUGGACGAGACAUUGAUGCUUCGCGAGAUGUACUCGAAACAAAAUCUCAACAUGCCCAUGCCCAGUCCUGGAAUCGACGAGCAUGGCAUGAUGAUGAUGCACGACAUGUCCGAGUUCCAUACCCCGAUGGAGCAUAUGGACAUGUUCAUGACGCCUUCUGGCACAAUCGAUCCCAACAACCUACAAGCUGGUCUACACCACUAA